CACACUCAUUCAUCACCAGGACGUCAAACAGAGCAAACUCUCAGGCAACCCUGCAAAAUAACGUGUAGAACCAAACCAAGAUUUCAUCACUGUUUUCUCUCCAAAUGAUUGUCUGCUGAGCACCAGAGGAAGUGGUCACAGUGCUGUGCUACAGCCAUAGAUUGGAAGCAUCAUGAACGUCAGAGCAUGUACAAGACGGGAGUACACUGCCAUCUUCCUCAUUCUGGCGUUGGCUGCCCUUAUCUUUGUCAUACGUUACAUGGAAGUUGUGGAGUUUCCACAUGAAGUGAACACCAACAUCAUCACCCAGAAUGCUUCCACUGUCCCUGACAUGCAUUACCGCAUCUGUACCUCCCAGUCGCUGUCCCCUGAGGAAGCUCUGGAAGAACGCAGCCUACUGGACUCAGUUGCUUGGCCUGAAAUGCCACUUUUGCCAGACCCUCUUCUCCUGCUGCAGACCAGUGAUCCAGCUCACAGCACCUUCACCAUUCUCCCAAGGAGGGGAGGAGGACAGUGGCGUGUAGGGGAUCAGCUGGAGGUCAUGAUAAAAAUUUCGGACUUCCAGGGCCGUCCCAAGAAGUUCGGGGGGGACUUUUUACUCGCCCGGCUGCACAACCUGAAGCUUGGUGCAGGUGUGGCUGGGCAAGUGGUGGAUCAUCUCAAUGGGAGCUACUCUGCUGUGUUCUCCUUACUCUGGGAAGGAGAAGCGUAUGUUCAGGUGAUGAUGGUUCACCCUACUGAGGCUAUCCCAGUGCUGAACAGGGUGAGCAGAGAACAUCCUGACAGGGUUUACUUCCUUGGGUACUUCGGCUCAGGCUCGGACACUGAAAUUACCGCCUGUAAUGUCUGCCUACGUUCAACCGAGCGGCCAGUGUGCAACUUCACUGAUCUCCGUACAGGCGAGCCUUGGUUCUGCUUCAAGCCAAAAAAUCUGAGCUGUGAUGCCAGAACGGGCCAAGCCAGGAAAGGCAUCCUCCCACACCUCAAGGCAAACGAGGCAAAGCUCUUUCGAGGAGGUGUCAACUUAAAAGUCAACAUUAAGGCGUCAGGACCUGCCAAUGUCACCGUAUUGCAAAAAGAUGAAGGUCAACCGGAGGUGAAGAGCAGCAUUGUCACACCUGGACCCUCUGGCUAUUAUUACCAGGGUUUGUGGCAAGCAUUAGAUGGAACUACAGUUCAACCAUUCAGAAUCCUUAAAAGGACUCAGUGUCUGAAAGGCAAGAACGUCCAUCUUUAUGGAGACUCCACCAUGCUGCAGUUUUUUACAUUCCUCAUCACAGUACUACCAGGUGUAAAGAAGUUUGGUCCACCAAGCACGUUGCAAAGACCUUUCAUCGGUUUUGACUUUGCAAACAACAUUUUGGUGACGUUCUCCUUCCACGGUCCACCUAUGCUCGGCCGUGGCCCGAUCCCACCCACUGAUCAACAUUACGUUGCCAAUGACAUGGAUAGCUUUACCGGAGGCGACAACACUGUUGUAGUUUUUGGCAUCUGGGCUCACCUCACCCCUUUCCCCAUAGAAGUCUACAUCCGGCGGCUGCGAAGCAUCCGCAAGGCAGUGGUGCGGCUGCUGACCAGGGCUCCAGGCACGAUGAUCAUCAUCCGCACAGGAAACCCCAGAGAAUUAUCGCUUGAUCUGGCAUUAGGCUUCAGUGACUGGUACUCGCUGCGGCGUGUUAAGGUGCUCAGAGCCAUGUUCAAAGGACUAAAUGUUCAUUUCAUUGAUGCCUGGGAGAUGGUCUUGGCCCACAGCAAACCACAUGCCAUCCAUCCAUCACCUGCCAUUAUUAUGAACAUGAUUGACGUUCUCUUGUCCCACGUGUGCCCUAAAAUAGGCAGCUAGAUGUAUGUUUGUCGUGUUUGUUAUCAAGCCUGAGAAAUUAAGGGCACAUUAAACAACAUGCAAUAAAGUUACAACACCUUCCGGUUUCAAGUAAAAACACGCACAAUGGCCCCUUUCUUUCUGAGAGCAUUCACAGUCAGCUCUGUGACAAACCAAUACUGGUUGACCCCUUCAAUGGAAUGAGGAGAGAUACAGAAAAACAAAAGACAAAACACAGUCUGCACUGAUGUCACCACAAAAUGAGAAAGGAAAGUUACACAGCCUUCAUAUAUUGCACCUGCCCUGUAAUACUGCACCUCUGCGAUAGCAAUAAUAUUACACGGUAUAAUAUUGUGCCAAAUAAGGGCAAUGUAAUUGCACAAAGACAAAAUAAAGAAACAAAUAUCAAUAACGUUGACAUUUAAAAUAAAAAAAAAUAGCAGUGUUAUGCA